CAUUAUUUGGGAGUUGAUUGGGAUCUGGCUUUGUGCUCAUUUACAUUCACUUGGUAAAAAAAUUCUAUGGUUAUUGUUGCAUCUAUUGUUUCUAUGAUUGAUUUCAUCUUCCCAUUUCAUCUGCGUUAAACCAGCGUUAAUCAACAUGAACCGCAUGUCGGUAUUGAAGCUCCAGCGGGCUUGUCUCGCCCGUCGACCGGCAAGCAGCAUCCAACGUCCCCGAUGGUACUCGUCGGCUGUUUAUGAUGAUACCCUGCCUUUGAACGGCGUACGAGUCUUGGAUAUGACGAGAGUUUUGGCUGGCCCAUACUGUACACAGAUUUUAGGAGAUUUGGGAGCGGAUGUCAUUAAAGUGGAACACCCCGUGCGCGGUGAUGAUACUCGGGCUUGGGGUCCGCCAUACGCCAAGUACACCGACGGGUCAGAAGGUCCCGGCGAGAGUGCCUACUACCUUGGAGUAAAUCGCAAUAAGAGAUCAAUUGGUCUAUCCUUUGCCCACAAAUCCGGGGUGGAGGUUCUACACCGACUGGCCAAGGAAUGUGACGUUCUCGUUGAAAACUACCUUCCUGGUAGCCUCAAGAAAUACAACAUGGAUUAUGAGACCCUACACUCCAUCAAUCCUAAGCUGAUCUACGCCAGUAUCACCGGAUACGGCCAAACCGGGCCAUACAGCAACCGCGCGGGGUACGAUGUCAUGGUUGAGGCAGAGAUGGGUCUCAUGCAUAUCACGGGCAGCAGGGAAGGUGAACCGGUGAAGGUGGGCGUUGCUGUGACCGACUUGACGACGGGACUGUACACAUCGAAUGCGAUCAUGGCCGCCUUGCUCGCGCGGGCGAGGACUGGAAAGGGACAGCACAUCGAUGCGUGUCUGAGUGACUGUCAGGUUGCGACCUUGGCGAACAUUGCCAGUUCCGCUCUGAUCAGUGGCCAGAAAGAUACAGGGCGAUGGGGAACCGCACACCCAUCGAUUGUACCCUACCGAAGCUACAAGACGCUCGACGGCGAUAUUCUGUUUGGAGGCGGAAACGACAGGCUAUUCGGUGUAUUGUGCGACCGACUCGGACACCCCGAAUGGAAGACCGAUUCUCGAUUUGUUACCAAUAGUGAUCGAGUAAAACAUCGUGGGGAUAUCGACGGCCUGAUUGAGGAGACGGUGAAGCAGAAGACCACGCAAGAGUGGCUGGAGAUCUUGGAGGGCAGCGGGAUGCCUUAUGCCGCAGUCAACGAUAUCCAAGGAACGCUAAACCACUCCCACGUCCAAGCACGGGGAAUGGUCGCCGAAAUCGAUCAUCCGACCUGUGGUCCGAUCAAGUUGGUGAAUACGCCGAUCAAGUAUUCGCACGCAACCCCUGGCAUUCGGACGCCGCCCCCAACACUUGGGCAACAUACGGAAGAGAUUCUGGGGGAAGUGCUCGAGUAUGGCAAAGACGAGAUUGCGCGGUUGAAGCAGGAGGGCGUAGUAGCAUAAAGCCGAUCAUAUAGAGCUUAGUGAAACCCACCCAGGGUGGAUUCCAUCAAAAUGGGCCGGGAUCCGGGGUCCGAAAGGUCACGCAUAAUCCCUACAUGGUUAGCUGGGUAUAGCUAGCGGUGGUCCGCGCUGGAGUCACAAUAUAUGAGGAGAGAUAGAUAGAAC